AUGCCUUUGAGUGCCCGUGAUGUCUUUUCGGCGCCAGAGCCACGGUUCUCGGCCUUCCCGAGUAGACGAAGUGUUGUUCACAGCACGAAAGGGAUGGUGGCUUGCACACAGCCUUUAGCCGCUGCCGCAGGACAAAAGAUCCUGAGAGAUGGAGGGAAUGCGGCGGAUGCUGCUGUGGCGGUUGCUGCGGCACUCAAUAUCACAGAGCCGGCUUCAACCGGUAUUGGCGGUGACAUGUUCUGUUUGUUCUAUAAUGCAAAGACGAAAAAAGUGCAUGCCCUCAAUGGGUCUGGUCGUUCAGCAGGAAAUAUUUCCUUAGAGCUGAUGCGCAAGGAGUUGGGCCUUGCUGCUGGUGAGGACGGCAAAAUUCCCAUGACCAGCGUACAUGCUGUGACUACGCCAGGUGCUGCUGCCGGAUGGAUAGAUACAGUGGAACGCUUUGGAAGUAGGAAAUUGUCAUUGGAACAGAUUUUGAUGCCAGCUAUUGAAUUGGGAGAGGAGGGGUUUCCUGUGUCCGAACUCUCUGCGUCAUUUUGGCACGAAAGCGACAAGCUCAUCCGUGACGCAUCGCCCAACUUUAGAGAGAUGCUGAAGGCUUGCCCGGAUGGAAAGGAUGGAGUGAGAUGCCCACGGGCUGGGGAAAUAUUCAAGAACCCCACGCUUGCCCAAACAUUCCGAACGCUGGCAAAGGAAGGCAAAAAGGGAUUCUAUCAGGGUCGUAUCGGAGAAGCAAUUGUCAAAGUCGUCCAAGAUCUUGGUGGCCACCUCAGCCUGGACGAUCUGAAAUACCACCUUGAAACAGGCAGUCAAGAUGUAGACGCCAUUUCCUUAAAAGUCGACCCAACAAACAUCGGUGGAACCAAGAGUGAUGGCAAGGGCGAAGUGGAAGUCUGGGAGCACCCUCCCAAUGGCCAGGGUAUCGUCGCCUUGAUGGCACUGGGCAUUUUGGAAGAAUUGGCAAAAACCGGCAAGAUCCCCCACUUCACAGCCGAACAGCACAACUCCAGCGUCUACCUGCACGCCGUCAUCGAAAGUCUACGCAUCGCCUUCGCCGACGCAAGCUGGUGGGUGACAGAUCCCGAAAUCGAAAAGGUACCAACCAAAGAGCUAAUCUCCCGCACAUACCUUGCCGAACGCGCAAAGCUCUUUAACCCAGACCGGGCCUCCGACGUCGUCGACCAUGGCAGCCCGGCCCACAACCACUGCGACACGGUCUACUUCGCCGUGACCGACGCGGAGGGCAACGGCAUCUCCUUCAUCAACAGCAACUACGGCGGCUUCGGCACCUGCAUCAUCCCGAAAGGCUGCGGCUUCACGCUGCAGAACCGCGGCGCAAACUUCUCGCUGACGCCCGGGCACCCCAACGUCCUGGCGCCCCGCAAACGCCCCUACCACACCAUCAUCCCGGCCAUGGUCACCAACCCGGCCGAUAACUCCCUGCACACCGUGUACGGGGUGAUGGGCGGCUUCAUGCAGCCGCAGGGCCAUGUGCAGGUGUUGAUGAACAUGCUUGCGUUCGACCAGACACCACAGGCGGCGCUGGAUGCGCCGCGCAUCUGUAUUGGGGCGGGGAUGCCAGAGCGGGGAAAACCGUUGGAGCAGAUGGUGUACCUGGAGGAAGGGAUUGAGGAGUCAGUUGUGGAGGAGUUGAGGAAGCUGGGGCACAAGGUUGAGGUGUUGAAGGGGUUCAAGCGGGGGAUGUUUGGGCGGGGACAGGUUAUUCGGUGCCAUUCUGACGAGUGGAAGAUGGUGUAUAGCGCUGGGAGUGAUAUGAGGGGUGAUGGUGCGGCAGUUCCUGUGUGA